AUGCAGCUUGUUAUAUUUGCAAUCGUUCAAUUUUUGUAUUUUUUCUCUUUUGCAUAUAAAACGAAUGAUGACUGUGAUUUCACGAGAGAACCUUUAAACGUUGCAUGGAAUAAUAGGAACAACGCAUUAGCACCAGUUGAUAUGGAAGAUGAACCGUAUGACAAUGAUAAUAAUAUAAAGUACUGUGUGAAAUUUACAAAAGGCUUUGAAAUUUUAACUUUUAUAUGCCCAAAAAAAGGAAUAAAUUAUGAAGGUAUAGAAAUGAGACCGAAGGAAUGUUUUGAAAAAAUACGAAUAAAUGGAAGAGAUGAAAAUUUCACUGAAAUAUUAAAGGGAAGCAUAUUUGAAAGUAGCGAAACAGAUUCGAUAAUAAUAAGAAGAGUUUUUAUACCCCCGACGAUAUAUGCAGAUAUGGUUAUCGAAUGUACAUGUGAUAAUAGUUUAACGUUUAAAGAAAAUUUCAUAGGUGCACGAGGAAUUAUGAGGGUGCAUUUGAAGAGAAACAAAAUUUUUGGCUGUGAUUUUGAUAGCAAUAUUGACGGUGAUGAUAGUACGUAUGGACGUAGCGAUGGAGGUACUAGAAAUAAGUGUGAGGGCCGACUUGACAACAACUGUGAAGAGUCGAAGAGUGGAAGAAGCGCUUUUGUGAAAUAUUAUGACAAGUCAAAAAUAAGAUCAAAUGAAAGCAUUACUUGUAAUGUUACAAUAAACAAAAAAGAAGUGUAUUUAGGGUUAAUUUGCCCAGAGGGAUAUACAAUAUAUCCCUCAGAUUGCUUUGAAAAUGUAUUAUAUGAAAACAAAAUUGUAAAUAUUAAAGAGUUGUUAGUAUCACAUGAUAUUAAAUUACACAUUGACAAAAAAAAAAGAAUGUCUUUUGCUACUUUUAUAUUAAAUAAGAAUGAAAACCCGAAAGGUUUUUCAUGUCAAUGUGUAAAAAAUAAUGAUAAUAUUUUUCCUCUUCAAGCAAAUUUUGAAUACGCCAAUUAUGAAUCGUUUAGUUUGUGUACACACCUACGUUAUUUUGUUCUUUUGCUUUCCCUGCUCGUGCUUUUUCUCUAG